CUUCCCUCUCGCUUUCUUUGCGGGGUUCAGUUUCACCUCUGUCAACUCUCUGUAUUCUGUGCGUCAGUCUGCCAGAAAUUUUUUUAGCGUAUACACGCUGCAAGUUCGUCGCAUUUUUUAAAUUCGCAUCGUCUACACCCAAAUUUUUUAAAAAUGGCAUCAGGAGUCACCGUAUCUGAUGUGUGCAAAACUACAUACGAAGAAAUCAAGAAGGACAAAAAACAUAGAUAUGUUAUCUUUUACAUUCGUGAUGAGAAACAAAUUGAUGUAGAGACUGUGGGUGAACGUAAUGCUGAAUAUGACCAAUUCUUGGAAGAUAUUCAAAAGUGCGGUCCCGGAGAGUGCCGUUAUGGUCUCUUUGAUUUUGAAUACAUGCACCAAUGUCAAGGUACCUCAGAAAGUUCCAAAAAACAGAAGCUUUUCCUUAUGUCCUGGUGCCCUGAUACUGCCAAAGUCAAGAAGAAGAUGUUGUACUCCAGCUCCUUCGAUGCCUUGAAAAAGUCUCUUGUCGGUGUCCAAAAAUACAUACAAGCUACCGACUUAUCUGAAGCUUCCCGCGAAGCGGUCGAGGAAAAAUUGCGCGCCACUGACCGUCAGUAAGAUGAAUGCUUUUUUUAUUAACACCACUCUACCACCCAAUCCAAUAAAAUUACAUCAACCACAACACAAUAUUUGUAUUUUGAAGCAGAAAUAAUGAAACAUUGAAUUUCAGCUUUUUAUAAAUAAUAAUAAAAAUUAAACAAAAAAACACUAAAAAUUA